CGCCUGGCAAUCGCGGAGGCGGGCACGAGGCCGGCGUAUUUAAGAGCGCCGGGCGCCGCACGCGGGAGAACGAGCGCGAGCGACGCGCGCGGAGCGGCAAGACAGGGCGGACAUGGUGCAGGCCGAAGGCGGACGCUGGCCCCAGUACGCGGCGGCGAUCGCCGCGACGCUGAGCCUGGCGGCGACGGGCGCGCACAUCGGCUGGACCUCGCCCACGCUGCCGACGCUGAAGGCGCUGCCCGAGGGCCACCCGCUGCGGCUGAGCUCCGGCCAGGCCUCCUGGAUCGCCUCGCUGUACCUGCUGGGCUCGCUGCCGGGCAACGCGCUGGCGGCGCCGCUGGUCGACCGGCUGGGCCGCCGGCGCACGCUGCUGCUGGCCGGCCUGCCGCUCGCGCUGAGCUGGCUGCUGCUGGCGCUGGCGCGCCGGCCCUGGCUGCUGUGCGCCGCGCGCCUGCUGGCCGGCCUCGGCCAGGGCCUCGUCUACGUGUGCUGCCCCGUGUACAUCGGCGAGAUCGCGGAGGCGCGCGUGCGCGGCCGGCUGGGCUCGCUGAUGAAGCUGAUGGUGAGCGCGGGCGAGCUGUACGCGCGCGCGCUCGGGCCCUACGUCUCGUACGGCGCGCUCGCCUGGGGCUGCCUGCUGCUGCCGCUGGGCUUCCUGCUGGCCUUCGGCCGCAUGCCCGAGUCGCCCUACUUCCUGCUGACGCGCGCGCGCCGCGCCGAGGCCGAGCACUGCCUGCGCCGGCUGCGCGCGCCCGGCUGCCCGGCCGAGCGCCUGCAGGAGGACCUCGACCAGCUGCAGAAGGCCGCGAUCCGCGAGCUGGGCGCGCGCCGCGGCGGCGCGCAGCUGCUGGCCGCGCUCUGGGCGAACCGGCGCGCCGCGCUCGUCUGCCUGGGGCUGCAGCUGGCGCUGCAGCUCGGCGGCCUGGCCGCCGUCGAGUCGUACACGCAGGAGAUCCUGGAGUCGGGCGGCCUGGCGGCGGCGCGGCUCAGCGCGCCCGCGGCCGUGAUCGGGCUGUCGGCGGUGCAGCUGCUGGCGGGCCUGGGCGCCGCGGCCCUCGUGGACCGCGUGGGCCGGCGCCCGCUGCUGCUGGCCACGGCGCUGCUGGCGGGCCUCUGCCUGGGCGCCUCAGCGGCCUUCUUCCUGCUCGAGCGGCGCCUCGGGCCAGCGCUGCCGGCGCGCGCCGGCCUGCUGCUCGUCGGCUCGGUCGUCGGCUACGAGCUGGCGGUCUCGCUGGGCCUCAGCCCGCUGCCCUACCUCAUGCUGGGCGAGCUCUUCCCCGUGGACGUCAAGGGCGCGGCCGUGUCGCUGGCCAACCUCUGGGCCUCGCUGCUCGCCUUCGUCGUGUCCAAGAUGCACCAGGUGGUCGCCGACGCGGCGGGUAUCGAGACCAGCUUCGCCUGCUACGCCGCGGCCUCCUUCCUCGGGCUGCUCUUCAUCUUCUUCUGCGUGCCCGAGACCAAGGGCAAGUCGCUGCUGCAGAUCCAGGAGGAGCUGCGCUGCGGCUCGCGCAAGCCGAAGCUCUGCGCGCCCGGGGCCCAGUCCCGGAUCAGCACCAUCGCCUGAGGCGCGUCCGCGCCGCACUGGCCCUGCUCGCGAGCUCCUGCUUUGCCCUCGGAGCUCCGGAGCCCGCGCGCCCGAUUUCAACUAGUGAGACUGAAAUUGUAUUUAUACUCUCUGUAACAUAUGUAUUUAUUGAUAUGUGCUGCCGCUUGUAUCACGGCGAAACAAUAAAAAUCACUGCUCCUUCAAUCGAUCUGUCUCUUUCGCCUCGACUGCCCUCUCCCCGUGCACGUUGCUCGACCUUGCAGUAGAUGUUUCGUUUAUAACGUGCAAUCAAUUUUGAUGAAGAUGAGCUACCGGCUUCGGCAUUCUAAGUAACGCGAGAGAUCUCCAGCGGCAUCGACGUUGCACGAACUCGUCAAAUGAGACAGAAAAUCAAGUUCUCGUUGUACAAGCGCGGAUUAUAUUUCUAACGGAUUAUCGAAUGAUUUGCGGGAAAUCGCGAGCAUUUUUAUUACUUGUCAGGCACAGCAUUGUAUAGCUUUCUUCGGUUCGUCAGCCGUAUAGUUUUCGAGUUAAAGUCAAAAAUCAAUAGUAAAUCUUCGUGAAAAGUGCUGAAAG